CCUGCACAGCCGAACCACAAAACCCCACCCCACCACGGACCACCACACCCCUUCCAGUCUCCACCUUGCUCUGCUCUCGCUCCCGCUCGCCUCCGCUACUUGCUGUUCGUCGCCGGCCACAGCCCCUCUCCCCCGCCGCUUAGGGUUCGCCUCCGCCGCCGCUGCAGGAGCUAGGGUUUCCGGCGCUGGGCGCCGGGGUAUGAGCAGCAGCCGCCGCCCUGCAGGAUCUAGGGUUCUGACGACUCCGCUCACGGAUGGAGGGUGGUAGAAGGGCGAGCGAAUCCCUCCCGGCAUACACCCAUGGAUCAUGACGAUACUGAUUUUCAGAGCCAAAACUUUCAACUAGCUGGUGAAGACAGUAGCAAAUUCCCAUCAGGUUUGCGACCAUUUGCACUGCCAAAACUUGAUAUCGAGGAGCAACUACAAGGCCAUCUUCGAUUUGAUAAUUUGAUAGAUUCAGAAGCAUUUUUCAGCGUUCAAGGGCACGAGAAUAGUUGGAUUGAGGUUCUGUCCACUGGAAGCAGUGUUGUUGAUUUUAGCUCUAGCGCAACUGAAUCUUGCUCGAUAUCUAAAACCAAUAAUGUCUGGUCAGAGGCAACAUCCACAGAAUCUGUCGAAAUGCUACUGAAAUCAGUGGGAGGAAACGAGACAACUGGUAAUAUGGACAGUAAUGCUCACCUUCAGUUAAGUGGUAUGAACAGUCAAACUGAUCAACCGAGUGUUCAUCCUAAAUCUAGUAACUCCCCAACAGAUAGUACUGUAGUGCCAACUGAGAAAGAUAGAAUGACAGACGAUCUUGAUCGUACUCAGAGCACUCAUUCUAGAAUGACUGCUGACCUUUCAAACACCGAGUCUCAGCUUGAACAUUUUGCACCUUUCUUAAUGGACAAGAAAGCUGAGCAGGCAGCAGAUUCUGUUGCUGAGAAGUGCAUUGCAGGUGAGAAGUUGUCCUCUUCAAACAACACAUCAGGAAGCUGCCCAGCUGCUGGCAACUAUCUUGGGGCAGGUCAUGAUGAUCGUUCUUUGGACAAACUUAAUGCACCCUCAGCUGAAGUAGAUUCAAAGAACUUGAAUAAUGAACCUUUCCCAGAGUUGGCUCCCCUGCAGAACAUAUAUACUGAUUCAUAUCACUUCAAGAAAGAUAUUAAAGAAUCUGAGGCUGGUGUUACUCAAGAUUCAGAGUUCUGCCUUACCAAUGAAAAUAAAGUCGAAGGUGGACUACAAGAACUGCAUAAUUUGUCAUGUGCUGGUCAGCCCAAUGAAACUCUAUUGUCAGAAAGUUCUGAUGGAUUACUAGAGGCUAUCACAAAUCCAGUUAAGAUGCUGCACAGGAGUGAUGAUACUUGCAAUAAAGUGAACAGCACUCAUCAACCAUCUUUUUCAGCAGUGCAACAUGGAACUGAAGGCCUCAAAAGUUCUGUUCACAGGAGCAAUGAGCUCGUUGUUAAGGAGUUUAGUAUUGGUUUAAAUUCUCUUCUAUCUCACCAAUCUGAGGCAGACCCAAGAAGUUCUAAUUCACAUCCUGUCAGUUCUGUGUCUCCCGAAAGUAAAAUUGACGAUGCCACUUGUGUUCCUGAAGAAACAAAGAAUGAUGGAGGCAAUAGUACAAACACCUGCUGUACAGGUGAUGAAUCAAAACAUGUAGUGUUGGAGCACCAUCAAGAUUCUGUUGACAACCAAAAAAGUGGUGACAUUGGUGGAAAGAUAACUGGGGAGGAAAUACCAGCAGUUUCAGGGAACAUUGAGCAAAUGAUAGAAAAUGAUCGUGAAGAAAAUGCUACAAAUGCUACUGGUACAUCCAAAGAUAAGGUUGGUCCUUCCGACAGUAUUGCACCUGAAAACUUUGCAGCUGACAUUCUGAAUGCUUCAGAGGAUCCAAACAUUCCCUCGCUAAAUCAUGAGAGGUCAUUCGAAGAACACGAAUUGCCUGCUUUAAGAGAGGAGCCUAAAAGCACAAAUUUACUCCUAUCUACUUCUGGGCUUCAAGAGAAAAUUUCAGCAUCAGUGAUUAGUUCUAGCAGUGGUGUCACGCCUACCAUUGUUACUGACAAUGUUGGUACUUCUGAGGAUAAAAAUGGCUGUUCAAUAGGUGUUUCUCCUGUUGAUUCUUCUGCUUUACUAGAUGAAAAGGAUUUGAAAAUGGCCACAGUGAAUAAUGAGGAGCCAUUCAAGGAAGGUGCUAAAUCUGCUUUAGGAGAUCAAGACUGCAAUGGUAUUUCUCCUGGCUCUGAACAAGGAAGGGAAAUGCUAGCUGUGCCCAUGGAGUCAAACAUUGCUGUUUAUAGUGGUACUGUUUCUGCUACAGAGAAGGAGAAAUACAAGGAGCAGCCUAAUUCUUUGGGUGGUUUGACCACAGGAGAAACUCAGGAUAAAUCAGAUCAUAUAGAUCCAACCACAGCACCUACAUUAGGUAUCCCAACUGGAAAGGUGGCCGAAAAUAUAGUAAAAACUCCACUGAAUGCAAGUGAUGAUUUGAAUGCACAUAUGCAAGAUAUAGUGUUAAAUCACGGUACAGAUUGUAGUCCUGAUACUGUGCCAUCCCAAGGAAAGGAAGGCUCAAGCUUAUUGGAACCUGGUAAUGGUAUUGGAAUCUGCACUGGGGUUACAUGUGGGUCCCCUUCAGUGAUUAGUUGCGCUGAAUCCUCUCCCGAAGAAGGUGGACAUGGCAGCAAUGCUUUACUUCAUGACAAACUAUGUGGGCAAUCUGAGGAUCCUAAAGAUCGUGGAGCCUUAGCUGAUGUUACCCAGAGCUCAAAACAAUGUUGUACCAGAAAUAUAGAAUCUGCUCUUGGUUCUGAGGAGACUAGUGCAGCAGGAGGUGAUAGAAGCUUCUCAUUUGAGGUGGGAGCUCCACCAAAUGUUGCUGAGAAAGCCCAUAGCCCUGUUUGGAGCCCUUUCCCUAGAUACAUAACUUCUCAGAGUACCAAGACGGCCACAGAAAAUCCUCAAGCAGGAAGUUCUUUGAAGGAUACUAGUGAUGAUAGUAAGAAAACAUCUACUGUGGAGGCUGGUAAAGAACAGCUAUCAGAAAGGAAAGUGACUGAAGGUUCUGGGGGCGGCACCUCAGACAACUCUAAUAUAAGUGGCAGCAUUAAGAGUAAAAGUUCACCGCCGCAGCAGCAUCCAAUCCCUGAGUGUUCUGUUUCUUCUGCAGAUUUAGUGAAUUUUCCAUUCACAGAUCCACAGCAUUUGCAGCUACGUGCACAGAUAUUUGUUUAUGGAGCUCUUAUUCAAGGAACGCCACCAGGAGAGGCUUACAUGUUGGCAGCUUUUGGAGAACCUGUAGGUUGUGGCAAACCUACAUGGGAGGCUGCUUGGCGAGCUGCUUUUGAAAGAUUUCAGUACCAAAAAUCACUUUAUGUCAGUUUAGAGACCCCCACAAGUGCACGUAUAGGUAGUUCCGUGCCUGAGAAAGCUAGCAAGAGUACAGCAAUUACAACUGUGCCAGCUAGCAAAAAAGGUGGCAAAACUGUGGCGCCAGCACAUCCUGCUGUAACCCUCUCCCCAACUUCUAAUGUACCUUUUGGUAGUUCUACAUUUAACCUGCAACGAGGUACUCAUCUGGAUUUUAGCCAGGCAGUAUCACCAUUUGCACACAUGAGACAUCCGUCUCCUGGUGUUGCCCCCUGGUAUACUCAAAGCCCUGGUCCACGUCCUGCACCCUGGUUGAUUCCACCACAAAACUUAAUAUUUGAUUCAUCGAUGCAACCAGCUAUUCCUACAAAUGAAACCGCGAAGGGGGCCUCAUCCAAAAAUAUAUCCAUUUCACAUACUGUUUCAUCUGGUGUAGUUCUUCCCAGUCCAGCACCUUCUAUCGUUUCUUCUCCAACAACAGUUGUGAAUGAUGGAAAACAGAAGGCUGCUUCUAGCUCUAAACAUGGCACCGCAUCACAAAAGCCAAGGAAAAGAAAGAAAGCUUCAGCAAGUCCAGAACAGCAACCUGUCAUUGCUUCUCCUCAGCUCAAAAUGGACAUGCCAUCUUUUACUCCUCCUGCCAUUAAGCACUCAGCAGGAUUUGCUUUAUCUUGCAGCAAGCUUGUUCCUAACACUGGCCAGAUUGCCUCUGAACCUAACUACCAGAUCACAGGUGGUAUGGAUAGUCAGCAAAGAAUCAUCUUUUCAGAACAGAUCCGUGGUGCAGUAGAACAAUCAAGUGCACAGGCUAAAGGUGCGUGCAUUGACUCAAUGGAGGCAGUUAAGUACAAGGAAGGCUUAUGGAGCCAUCUAUCCACAAUCUCAAGAGACAAGUUACCUCCAGAAGUUGAAGAGAAGCUUACUUCGGCUGCAGCUGCUGCUGAAGCAGCAGUUUCUGUUGCAAAGGCAGCUGCAGAAGCUACCAAGAUGGCAUCAGAGGCUGCAUUGCAGGCAAAAAUGAUGGCAGAGGAAGCUCUUACGUCUUCUAUAUCUGUAAUGUCCAUGCAUCAUGAAGCUGGUCAAUUUAAUGUCAUUAGCAGUCCACCUACCUUGUCAAGUUCAACACCAGCGUCAUCUCUGAAAAUUAAGAACAAGAGUCAUGCCCCAGGUUCCAUCAUUUCUGUGGCACGGGAGGCUGCUAGAAAGAGGGUUGAAGAGGCAUCUGCAGCUGCAAAACGUGCUGAAAACUUGGAUGCCAUAUUGAAAGCUGCAGAGCUUGCUGCAGAGGCUGUGUUCAGAGCAGGAACCAUUAUUGGAAUGGGGGAACCACUUCCUUUUACCCUAAGAGAGCUUUUGGAAGCUGGGCCGAAUGGCUAUUGGAAGUCAGCGAGUGUGAGGAAUAAAUCUGGAAGUGGUAACGAUAAUCCAGUAACAGAAACAUUGGAGGUAGAUGCAACUGCUAACUUUAACAAAUCUGGCAGAAAGCGUGGUCGGAAACCUAAAUGUGAUCAAGCACUACCAAGUUCGGAGCCAUCUUCAAGCUGCAAAGAAUUACAGCCAUCUGGAGUACAUCCAGGACAUGGGGUUGUUGAAGAUGUUCCUGUCACUGUGUCACUGGAUGGUAACAAUGUUACAGCACCAAUAAGCAUUAUCUGGAAUGGCAUUGAAAAGGGAUCUGCAGUUGAGGUUUUAUCUGACAAGUGUGGGUUUGGAGUAGCUUGGUUUUCUGCUAAGGUUAUUGAUAUAAAUGCAAAUAAUGCUUUUGUCAACUAUGGUGACCACAAUGGAACUGGUCCUGGUGAAGAAUGGGUGCCAUUGAGACAAGAAGGGGAUAAGCCGCCUCGGAUACGUCUCGCGCACCCUGCUACCCUCUCUAAAUUCAAAACUAGGAAACGACGCAGGGAAACAGCAGGCAGUUGUUUAUGGGUUAUUGGAGAUCAUGUAGACGCUUGGGUCAAUAAUAGCUGUUGGCGAGAGGGAGUUAUUUCUCAGAAUUAUGAGACUAAUGAGACGAAAUAUGUUGUACAAUUUUCAGUUGGUGGUGGUGGUGAGUCCUUACUAGUUGAUGCUUGGAGUCUUCGUCCAUCGCGUGUUUGGAAAGAUGGUCAAUGGAUAGAGUGGUCCCGUGCAAGAGAAAGGAAAUCCAAAUCUACUAAGGGCGAUUCACCUCUUGAGAAACGCCAAAGGACAGACUUGCUUGAAACAGGUGGUGAUCUAUCUGUUGUUGGCGAAGUGGGGGGUUCUUCGAAGGACAAGAGUACCAACAAUGCAAAGAAGCAGGAGGAACUAAAGCCAUUGUCUGUGUCUCAGGAGGAAAUUGUUUUCAACGUUGGGAAGAGUGUAGUUGAGAACAAAUCUGAUGGUCUUGCAUUCAGACGGCCUGGAUUACAAAAGGAAGGAUCAAAGGUUGUCUAUGGUGUUCCAAAACAUGGAAAGAAGAAGAAGUUUAUGGAAGUAAGCAAACAUUAUGACGCAGGCCAGUCUGACAAGAUUUCUGAGGGCAAUGCAUCUAACAGAUUUGUGAAACAUCUGAUGCCAUUGCCAAGGCCACGUGAAAAUACUACCAAAGUUGAUCCUAUUAGAGGAAAGAGAGUAGGUGAGACGAGGUCUAGAUUACCUAAGCCUACCAAGUCUCAGAGCGUUGGAGGUAGCAGUGCUCCUGAAAAGGAUUCCAUGCCCAUGCAUGUUCAAAAUUCUUGUGUUUCUCAAAGGAGUUUUAGUUUUGCGGGAAGUUCGACAAGCACUUCCAACAAUGAGAAGCCCACCUUAGUUAAAAAUAAUCCUGCGCUUGGUGGGGGCCUUAGAACUGAAGUUCCUUCUGUUUCUGAACUGCAAACUGCAUCUACUGUUCCUAGUUCCAAGCCAAAUGUAUCCACUACUAAUCGAGCUAAAAGGAAAUAUGUUCCCACUGUCAGUAACGCAAACAGAGGUAUACUCAAAACCUCUGAAAAGACGAGUUCUGAUUCUGGUGAACCCCGAAUGACUACUUCUGAUUCUACUGAACCCAGACGUUCUAACAGGCGAAUUCAACCAACUUCAAGAUUACUAGAGGGCUUGCAAAGUUCCCUCAUAAUCUCAAAAGUUCCUGGCGAGAAGGUUCCUAGGAGCAAUUACAGAAGUGCAUCGUCAAGAGGGAGAGCUCAAGCUCAUGGUUGAGUGAAGGCACCACAUAGCUGCUUUUGGUGGGACAGCUCGUUGUACAUAGCUGCAGCCUUCCAGUAUGGAAGCAGGAGGAUAGGAUUGGAGUAGGAAGUCUUUAUUGGAACACAAGGAUUCGGAUGUAUUAUAAACUAGCUUAAGUGAAUUGUGUUAACCCUUUCUUUUACUUGCUUGAAUCAGACUUGUCCGUGUUGUAGGAUAGCCAUUAAUCUCGUAGAAACCUCCUCUUAGGCCAUCCUCAAUGGCAGUUUCAUAGCCCAGUUUUCAACACAUCUGUAUUUUGGAAACAGUGCAUUAGAGUUUCAUGGGAUAAAACUCUUAUCAUCUCUCUCUUCAUUACUAUAGCGCCACAUCAGCAUAUUUAAUGUGCAUGAAACUCUCAUGAAACUCCAUUGAGACUGGCCUUAGUAUGUAUGGAUACACCGGGAAAGAAAUUGGGUGUGGUUUAAAUUCAUCCGACAAUUUAACA